CUCACAGAGCCCAGUGGGGCCUGCAGACCUGGGCACCCCACCGAGCCCUACCUGCUUUUACCACACUCAUGCAGAAGGGGCUCUCACUGGUGACCUGGCUGGGUGUGGGACUGCUGGGUCUCCAGAUGCUUCAGCAUGGAAGCAUCCAUCCGACUCCUUGCCUGCUUGGCCUGUGUCAUCCCAAUGGGAUCACUUGUAAGAACUAAAAGAGAUACUACUGGGAACGUGCUCAACACAGAGAUGCACAGCGCGCCGGCGAAGCGCUGGUCCAUGCAGGUGCCGGCCGAAGUGAGCGCAGCGGCAGGAGACGCAGCGGUGCUGUCCUGCACCUUCACGCACCCGCACCGCCACUACGAGGGACCGCUGACGGCCAUCUGGCGCGUAGGGGAGCCCUACGCAGGCCCGCAGGUGUUCCGAUGUGCGGCGGCGCGCGGCAGCGAGCUCUGCCAGACUGCGCUGAGCCUGCACGGCCGCUUCCGCUUGCUGGGUAACCCGCGCCGCAACGACCUGUCCCUGCGCGUCGAGCGCCUCACCCUGGCCGACGCCGGACGCUACUUCUGCCGCGUUGAGUUUGCCGGCGACAUCCACGACCGCUACGAGAGCCGCCACGGCGUCCGGCUGCGCGUGACCGCCGCGCCGCGGAUCGUCAAUAUCUCAGUGGUGCCCGGCCCGGCGCACGCCUUCCGCGCCCUCUGCACAGCCGAAGGGGAGCCUCCGCCCGCCCUCACCUGGUCCAGCGCGGCCUUGGGCAAUAUCUCGGCCGCCUUGCAGGGCCCAGGUCACGGCUACCAGGUGACCGCCGAGCUGCCCGCGCUAAGCCGCGACGGGCGCUACACGUGCACGGCCGCCAACAACCUGGGCCGCGCGGAGGCCAGCGUGUACUUGUUCCGCUUCCACGGUACCAGCGGGGCCUCGGCGAUCGCGCUCCUGCUGGGCGCGCUGGGCCUCAAGGCGCUCCUGCUGCUCGGCGCUCUGGCUGCGGGUGCUGCCCGCCGCCGCCUAGGUGGGUGCACCCUGGAUCCGCAUGGGUGCAAGGGGAGGGCCGGGCUCUUCUCUCAGAGCUCCCGGUCACCCAGGACACCCAUCCAUGGCCCCAUGCUCAGGAAUCCAGUUAUGAAAAUUUGGGCCAGAUGAACUCCAGGAGCCCACAGUCUGCUGCAUGUUCCCCCUGAGGAGCUCCUCAGCCACCAGCAUCCACUUGUGUACCUGAGAAGCAAAGGCCAGGGUGAGGCUUGGCUGCUACAGCCUUUCCUGGUUCCCAGGCACCUUGGCAACCCCCAGCUGGGUCAUCAGCGGUCAGGAACCAGCUCAACAGAGUUUCUUCUGGCCUCCUCCUUGGACUUCUCACAGCCUCCAUGAUACUCAUGCUAGUGGGACCAGCAAUCUGAGUGUGUGUGUGUGUGUGUGUGUGUGUGCGCGCGCAUGCGCGUACCUCUAUUGGUCAGCUCUAUUACUGGGACAAAACACCCAACACCCACAACUGAGAGGAGGAGAGGUUUACUCGGCUCACAGUUUCCCAAGUUUCAGUCCAGAGGCAGCUGGCUUCAAGGGAGAAACAUGGCAGAAGUGUGUGGUGGAGCAAAGCUGCUCACUUCAAGUAGAGUGGGGAAGAGCACCGGUGAGAGAUAUACCCUCCAAAGGCACCCCCCAGCAACUUGCCUUCAACUGGGCCCCAUCUCCUAACAGCACAUUCAGCUGAGAACAUCAAUAGGAGUCAGAUGAAUACAGUAUGCCCAUGAUCCAGUCACCUUUUCUGGAGUCUCAUAAUCCAACCAAGUUGACAACCUCAGCAGUCACAGUGCCCUUGUAUGCCUCCAUGUGAAACUCCUGGACAGCUUCCUCCAUCUUUUUCCCUCAGAACACUGUUGGAAAGCAAACCGGAAACUGAUCAUAGGGCCUGGAGGCCCAUCAGGCUCCAAACUGCUCUACCAGGUUUCUAUGUGGACUGGGAUAAUUUUUUCACCUCUUUGGGUCUCAGUUCAUCCACCAUUGAACAUGGACAGUAAUAUAAUCUUCUCCUUUCGCUGGUAGGUCUAUCAAGAUCCGAGGGAAUAAUAGAUGCGAUGAGGUUUUUGCAAUGUACAAGGCUGUCUCAGAUUUGGACCUUGUCAUACAGUUUUUGGAUAAGUUGGCAGUCACAUCAGGCUUGUGAGGAACAAAGUAUUCCAAAGAAGAUGCAGGCUGGGGGUGUGCAAACUGUGGUCUGAGGAGUAUCAAAUCCUGGAAACUUGGUAGCAGGGAGAGGCCUGGAGGCCCUGUUUCCUGCAAUAUUUACUGCAACUGUUCCACAUCUUCUGCCCACCUCUUACUGCCCCAGAUGCUCUACACCGUCUUGAGGUGGGACCCCCAGGAGAAGGAGCCAAAGACCCAUUAUCUCAAAGCAUCUGGAAGCUACUGUCUCAAGGGCUGGAAGCCAGGAGACUUGAGGGGAGAUAUGGGACCCCGUGAAUACAACAGCUAGAAUCUAUGGCCCACAUCCUCCCUGAUGUGUAGUCCAAAACCACUGGCACUCUUACCCCAUUUGCCCAAGUCCAGUGAGGCUAACUGUAUGGGGUACUGAACUCCCUUUUUAGAUAGCAAUGUGAAUUUACUGGUCCUAUUAAGGGAGAAACAUGCUUGAGAACCAGGUGAACAGUGGACUAAAUUGGCCAUGAUGCCUUUCUGAGGAGAUGCUCUGAGGGUUGAGCGGUUCACUAGCCCCCCCACACACACAGCCUUUGCCAGGGCAAGUGGGUGAUGGCAGCUCAUUACUGGGAUCCAGCCAGCAGCUUGCCUGAGCUGUUAAGAGUUCACAGAAGAUGACAUCUAUAGCCUCCUCACAAGGACAUUUGGGCACCUCCAGGGUGUCCUGUAUCACCAGGGAAGUAGUUGGGGAUACAAAAGUGUGUGUUAGAACAUCUGCUUGUUCUUUGAAGCCAGUUUCAUAACCCCCCCCAAAAAAACUGUAAUGUGAAUUAUUGCUUAUGUAUUUGCUUCGUGCUAAGAACUGGACAAAGUAUUUGAGGCUACAAAAAUGAAGAAGUAACCUGUAUCAGCCAAGAUGGACUAGACUGUGCUUCCACAAACCCCAAAAGCAGCGGGUAAAAACAAUGAGUUUAUUUCUUGCCAAUGCUACAGGCCCAUCGCAGACUGGCAGAGAGAUUUUGCACCAUUGUUACUCAGAGACCCAGGUCCCAGAAUCCAUCAUCUUUUAUGGAUUGGGGGAAGAAUCCUCCAGAGGGAGCUGGGUGUGAAUCCCUGUUACUCAAGAGGCCAAGGCAGGAAGGAAGAUUCCAAGUUUGAGAACUUCCUGGAAAAUUGCCUGUCUCAAAAUAAAUAAUAGUAGA